UCUGAAACGUGUUAGAGCAGUUCACGGCGUCAAAAAAAACGCCCUGGAUUUAUUCCCUUUAACUGCAGGAUGGUCAGUGAGCGAUCCGAUGCGACAUGGACCUAAAAUCCGAGCUGCUUAAGUCCAUCUGGUACGCGUUCACGUCGCUGGAGGCUGAGGGCAGCGGAAAAGUGUCCAAGUCCCAGUUGAAGGUUCUGUCUCACAAUUUAUACACAGCUCUGAACAUCCCUCAUGACCCUGUUGCCUUAGAGGAACAUUUUAAGGAUAAUGACAAUGGACCUGUCUCUGAUCAUGGAUAUAUGCCUUACCUCAACAAAUACAUUCUGGCAAAGGCUACUGAGGGUACAUUUAACAAGGAGACGUUUGAUGAGCUGUGCUGGAUGAUGACGGCUAAGAAGAACUUCAAGCCCAGUAUUCAGCAGGGGGUGUGUUCCCAAAGGGACUGCUUCGAGCUCUUCUGUCUGUUUAACCUGCUCUCUGAGGAUCGUUAUCCUCUUGUCAUCAUCCAACCCGAGCUGGAGUAUCUGCUGAAGAAGAUCUCUACUGCUAUGAGCCAGGAGUGGGAUGGGAAGACACUGGAGGAUUUGCUAUCCCAGGAUCCUUCUUUGCAGAAUGGCUUGACCGUGUGGAUGUUUUUGGAGCAUCUCAGUGCAGGGAACCUUAUGAGAGUGGAUUGUAAAGAGGCUUUCAGCAUGGCACUGACUGACAUCUUCAUGGAGAUGUACCACAAUGUGCUGAAGAAGGGUUACAUGCUGAAAAAGGGGCAUGUACGUCGGAACUGGCAUGAACGCUGGUUUGUGCUUAAGCCAGGAAGCUUGGCCUAUUAUAUUAGUGAAGACCAGAAAGAGAAGAAGGGAGAGGUCCAGCUGGAUGGGUGUUGUGUUAUAGAAACUAUACCUGAUAAAGAAGGGAAACGCUGUUUAUUCUGUGUGAAGACUCCUGGCAGGACAUACGAGAUGAGUGCUUCAGAUCAGAAACAGAGAGUGGAAUGGAUUCAGGCUAUGCAGACAGCCAUCCGUCUGAAGACAGAGGGGAAGAGCUCAGUGCAUCAGGAGCUAAAGAUGCGCAGACGAGAGCAACGGGAGAACAGCCAGAAUAGUCAGAAAAGCGAGAACCAGACCAGCCAAAGUAGUAAGAGAAGCUCGAGCCAAAGCAGCCAGAGUGAACAUAGUGCUGAAGAUGAGGAGCCAAGCUCUGUGACUCAACACGGAGAAACAGAGAGCAAGGAACCAGACUUGGAAAUUAUAGACAUCAUCCAGCAACACCUGGAAAUGGAGGUGCAGCGCAAAAAGGAGGAUGCAUGGGUGAAAGAGAAGCAGCAGGAGAGGCAAGAAGAGCUGGAGAGACAGCUGAAGGAAGCAAAUGAGGCCAGAGAGAACAUGGUGACUGAAUUGGCUAAAAUGGAAAAGGAGGUACAGCAACAAAAAAAGAGGAUACAAGAGCUGGAACAAACACAACAGAAACUUGAGGAGGCGCUCAACACACAGAUUCAGGUCCACUUAGAGGAGGAGAAAGUCCGACAUGAGCUUGAAAGGCUAUUGGAAGAAGAAAGGAAGAAGCUGACUGAGUUGAUGGUCCAUCAGAGGCACUUGGAGACUCCUGACUGUGCAGUAAUAACCCAACAGAAAACACCUCAACCCCAAAAGGAGGAGGAUAACAUACUCGAUCAUGCAACUACUGUGAUUCCUCCGUCUUCUAGCCCCCAAUUAACAACGUGUACAUCCCAGGAGUUUACAGAAACAGAGGAGACACAUCAACACAAUGUGGAGAAAGUUCCUGAGAAUUUUUCUAAAGCACUACAUAUGAGACAUUGGAACGUCCAGCUCAACGGCCUUAUGAAGCCGAUCACACCAGCAGACAAGAUGAAGCGUCUGCCGGUGAGGUCAAACUAUCCCAAACAUGACCAGGCACUCACCAGUACAGAGUUCAUUUUGAAGUUUCAAUCGACCGUCAGUGAAACAGAAUCCUCCAACAGUCAGUUACGAAAGAGAGAAGAGGAUGUAGACACACAAGACCUAAUCACUGCAUGUCACGUUGAGGAACCACAAAAAAACAGAGAACAGGUUGAGCAGAGCAGCGACCUUGCAUAGUGACUCCCUGGCACAAACUCAACAAGUACACAUUUUGUGAGAUGUUAUUGUUUGUAGUAGACUUACCAUCUUACACACAUGAAUAGCAACUUGUACAUGUAAAUGUAUAAAAAAAAAGUAGUUGUAGUAUUCGCAAAAAUGUUGGUAAUCUACAGUAAAGCUUGUGUGUGUGUGUGUGUGUGUGUAUGUGUGUGUGCUUGUGGUUUUAAUGCAAACGGAUAACACCAAACACAUGCAGUAUGCAAUGUUAUUUAUUUCAAACCAUUGAUUCUGUUUUGUUGAAAAAUCCAAACACUGUUAUCUACAUAACUACAGUAUCACUAAAUUUAUGAAAUGAAAUACUUUGUAUGCCACGAUACAAUAUAUCGUAUCGACGAAUAAUAAAGAAAACCAUUUAAUUAUGCACAAUAGUUUGCUCAAACAUACAAACUUCGUCCUGUAGUUAUAUUCCUUUUAUUAUUUAAUCUGGUGCAUGUUGUAUACUGUAUAUUUACUACUUCAGCAGAUAUAUCAACAUCAGCAAUUUACACCGCUCUAGCUAUACAGAACUAUCUGAAAGUGAGGACUGAUUGCAGUGUUUAUUAUGUAAGAUAUGACACGUAUGAGACAGAAUAAAUAAAUGAUAAGGGUCAAGCAAGGAAUGCAAUGACUUAAACUGUGAAUUUACACACUAUAUUCCUUACUUGUGCUUUAUCUUUUAUUUCUUCUGUAAUGGGUUCUGUGCUUCUGUAUUGAAUACUUUAGGUUUUAUUUGUAAUUCUAUGGAUGACCAGUAGAGGGGGCACUUGAUUUAGAAUUUUCAGCCUCCUGAUAUCCAAAAGUUAAUGUACAGAUCAAACCUUGGUCCCUCUUCGUCAUCUUGUUCACUACAAAAGUUAAAAAUAAAAUAAAUGGGUUCCAAAAUA